UGGAGCGCAACGAAAACAUUUUUUUUGUUCUUUCUCCUUCAAACCUGAAACAACGAGGGCCAUUUUUUGCGUCGUUAUCGGUGCGUAUCUGACCCGGUUUUUUUGUCAUUAUAUAUAUAAAGAACUCGGCUUCGAUUUUACAGACGAGCACGACGAUUUCAAUGCGGGCAAUACUGUCUUUGGAACGACUAUGGCUGAAGACGAAAAGUCGACGUUAACGAAAGCAACAGCACCAAAGGUUCCAGAAUUAGCAGAGUCGCCAAAGGAUAUAAAAGUGACUGUAAACAAUGGUAGCAACGACGACGACGACACCGAAGAUACACCGUCAAUAACACAGCAUGAAUCGCCAGCAUAUAACGGCAUAUCAAUUCCUGAGACUCGAGAACUAGAGAAUAGCAGCAAUACCCAUUAUAGCAACAACAGCACGGACUCUCACCCAAAGGACGAUGAUAAGGAACCGAACGAAACCGUCAAAGUGACAGAGCAAAGCAAAGAUUAUGAUGAUGAGCAACAUCAAGAAGAAUACCAAGGUCAAGAUGAAUACCCGGAGCCUACACCUGCCGAAGGAUUUAGUACAGAUUCAUUACUACAAGUCAUGUCAGAAGAAGUCUCUGCCGAUGAUCUUGAAGAUGAACUAAUAAUGGACGACUCGUUGACACCUAUGGAACGUAUUUACAUGUUUAACAAAAGUGACAUGAUAAUUCACAGAUUACUUGUCGCAAAGGAACUGUCAAAUACAAUUUACGAAAUUAGCGUAUCUGAAGCUGUAAAUUAUGUGCUUCCUAUGGUGUUGAAAAUAUGUACUGAUCCGGACGAUACGGUGCGUGAGACAAUUAUCAGCGAAUUUGACAAAAUAAUGAUGUACUAUUAUACAAAUGCACCGCCCCUCCUUGACUCAGCCACACAAGAACAAAGGUCGCCAUCCACACAACAGCAAACAAAUGUUGAAGACGAUGCCCAGAAUGCACCUGCUCCAGCGCCGUCGUCGUCACUCCAUUCGCAACACGAAGAGCUGGACACAAUCUCUGUUCCGGCACCGGCUGUUGAUACACCUACCGAAGAAUCAACAGAGCGUCAGAUAGGUGGUAGUGACGAUGAUGGAACGAAGGAAAAUCUUCAGCAGCAAGAACUUAAUGAUAUGGAACAAGUUCAUGAUGAAGGCGAGGAUAUUGACAUUGAAGACCAAAAGGUAUCAUCCACAACCUCAUAUUCCACGAUUGAUGCGGAAGAUGCAGCCAGCGACAGUUCUUCUUCACCGAGUGGGAGCCGAAGGCAAUCUGAAUCUGUUCAUGAUGGGUCAAAGUCAGCCACGGAUAACGACAGGGGAUCAGCCUUGCACAUUCCUCAGCACGUGUUCGCCCCGCUCUUGAUCGAGUUUCUCUUGGAUCAAAAUUCGAGUCUGGCUUCUUUGGCCCAGCAAUGCAUUGUAUCCGUGGCAACUGAGCUUGCUUCAGCAAAGAGAACUGAAGACGAGGGGCUGCACAAAAAGCUGUUGGAUGUUGAGAUUUUCGAAGGCGUGGUACUGGGUCUAAUGGCAAUUGUGAACAAGUCGUCGCGACAGUCGGACAGUGAUCAGUCUCAGGAUGGUUCAGGGAACCAGGAUGGUGUAUAUGACGAGGCGUCAGGAUAUAUGAACCAUCAUCCAUCAGCUGACGAAAUCGAUCAGGGCGAAGUUAAUCUUGCAAAAAUGAUGUGUCUUUCGCUCAUUUCUGCAUUGGCUAACGUGCUGGGACCGGAACGCUGCACAAAGCGUUGUUUGCCUUUGGUUGAAAGCAUGGCAAAUGACGGGAUGUUCUAUGUACGGAAAGAGGCAGCAGCAGCUAUUGGUAGUCUAGCAACCGUGGUGGAUCCUCAAGUUGCUAUGGAUCGAUUGAUGCCUCUUUAUCUUAAUUAUUCGCGCGACACCAUUUGGCACGUCCGCCGCUCGUGCGUUCUUACUCUACCAUUACUAUGCGGUGUCCUCCCUGAUGAUGUUAAGAACCGUAUUGCUGUGGAAGGUGUGAAAUUAUUCAAAAAUGACGUUUCACGAAAUGUACGAAACACGCUGGCGGAAAUAAUUGGUGAAUUAAUAGCGAAGUUCCUGCCAGAGGAUUGGGAAACAACGGGAAAGCCUGGCAAGGUGCCAGAGCCAUUGCUCGAGUUUUUCUUGUCAUUGGGUCCAAGCGCAUCUCCAAACCAGAUGUAUAAACUGGAAACGGAUCGUGCGAUCAUAUGUGCCUACAACUUUCCUGCUGUUGUUCUCACUGCUGGCGCAGAUUAUUGGGAUUCGCAUCUGAAGGACACCUAUCUUAACCUCACAAAGGAUUAUCAAAUCAAAGUACGACGUACUUUCGCAUAUUCUUUGCACGAAAUUGCGCGAAUCAUCGGGCCAGAACGCACAGAACGAGACCUUGUCCAGAUUUUUGCGCUUUAUUUAAUGGAUUUAGACGACGUCAAGCAAGGUGUGUUGGAGCAUCUGGCAGAAUUCCUUGGGACCUUGGCAGUCAGCUCCCGUAACGAGUAUAUACCUAUUUUGACGGAAGUUUGGGAUGGUGUCAUGACAAACUGGCGUUUGCGCGACAUAUUGGCUGGUCAGUUGCGCGAUAUCGCCCUACUUUUUGACGCCGCGCGCGUGGUUGAACAUAUUCUGCCUCUGGCAAUUCGAGCUUGUCAAGAUGAAUUUGCAGCUGUUCGAGAGACUGGCGUGGAAUCUUUCCCUAUCAUUCUGGAUAUUGUAAAGCGUGCUGUAGAUGAAGAUGGUGAAACAUUGUCACAAGCAGACCAAGAGAAUGAAGACAGUAUUGAUAGCCGUCGUGAAUUUGCUCUGGCGCUGUUGAAUCACGUUAUGGAGAAGUUGGACGAGUUUGUACGAUCCAGCUCGUACCGCGGUCGAUUAAUAUUUGUACAGAUCUGCAGAGUUUUGCUAGAAGCCGGGAUUUGCGCUGCUGAUUUUGCAUCUUUCUUCCUCCCAAGACUUGUACCGUUGGCUGAUGAUCCCGUAGUUAAUGUGCGCAUAGCAACCUCGCGCACUAUUCGUGCUAUUCAGAUCCACGAUGCUUACCGUCAAGAGCUAACAGAACUCGUGCUCUCUGAUAUGAUUGGUGAACAUGAUAUCCAGCCUGGCUAUACCCUUGACCAAGCUCUUUACCACCUGGCAAUGGAUAAUGAUCCAGAUGUUCGAUCAUUCGUGAUGGAUUUAGUUGAUCUCCAACGUCUGGAGCACGAAAAACAGAUUCGGGAGCAACAGCAAGUUGAAAAUGCAGGCACGCCUAUGCAAGGUAUAGAGGUUUCGCACGGUCCAUCAACGCCCACCGAGUCACAGUUGGAAGAUGAGACGGCGCCAAAUGCAACAGAAGCAACGGGUGGAGAGGAAGGUCGACAUCAGGAUCAUCAUAGUGACAACGACGGCGACGAAGAUGAUGAAGAUGAAGAGCAAAUGACAAGCGCUGGUACACCAAUGGAUUGCAGUGCAGAAGGGGAUGAAGAGCACGAGGACAGCAAAAGGGAAAAUGAGGUGUACAUUAAGCAUGAUCAUGAUGAGGACGAAACAAUGACAGAUGCUGAAAAGCACGAUGAAUAUGAUGACGCCCACAACAAUAGCAACCAUCAUCAUCAUCAUCAUGACGACGACCACCAGCCUUCGAUGACCGAACAGCAGCAACAAACGCAUCAAGAACACCAGCAGCAGCAACAAGCACCGGCUUCGCCAACGCAUAACCACGAGCAAGUAUCACCGAAUUUGGCGGACGAUAAAGAAAAGGACGAAUACGUGUACCUAUCCAAAAGCAUGGUACAUCAAGAUGAUUCUCCACACACACCAUCAUCGUCUACUGCAACUGCACCUCAACCACAACAAUCCAAGGAGACUGCAUAGAAAAUGACCGCUCUUCACAUCUCAUUGCACAUAGCAAGCCACAACACGCAUAUUAUAUAUAGUAGCCCCACCCCCACCUCUCCGUAUAUAUAACUAUCUAGCAAAAUCAUUACUACUCUUUUUCUACUAGUCCUUUCACUUUAAAAAACAGCACCCUCUCUUAAACUCUUACUGCUAUUCUUUCCUUAUCUCUCUCAUCUGCUAUUCCUUUGCUAGAUAUGUUUCAUUAUAUAUAA